UCAGGGAAUGAUGCCGCUGCCGUUUGUGCCACCCUCCCUGUCGCCAUGACGAUGCCGCUCAGCCCCCUCUCCAGUGACGAGGAGCAGCAAAGGAUGCUGGGAAACAAUAGACAUCUAUAUCCUGGGGCAGAGGAUGAUGAAGAGGAGGAGGAGGAAGAUGAAGAAGAGGAGGGUGAGGAAGAUGACCGUGAUAAGGAGGGAGAAGAUGGGGAGAAUGGAGAGCUGGAGGGAGAAGAGGAGGAAGAGGAAGUGGAGGAAGUCAGGCAAGGAGGAGGCAGGGAUGAGGGGCACAGGCAAUUAGGCAAAAUGGCUGGACGACCCACAGGAGACAGACAGAUACGACCCGGCAACAUCGGGCACACAGUAAACCCUUAUUCGUCUAACCAUGGACCCACCCAUCAACAGCCAGCCAAUCAGCAGCAGCAGCAGAAGAGGCUGAGAGAGCAUAGCUCCAGUAGGGCGCCGUCAGAGGACGCCCACAUCGCCAUGAUGGUGUUCCGCAUCGGCAUCCCCGACAUCAAACAGACGAAGUGUUUGCGGUUCAACCCAGAUGCGACCGUUUGGAAGGCCAAGCAGCAGGUGCUAUGUUCUCUGACCGAUUCGUUGCGGGAUGUGUUGAACUACGGCUUGUUCCAACCAGCCACCGAAGGCCAUGACGCCAAGUUCCUGGAGGAGGAGAAGAUGCUGAGAGAGUACCCACAAUCCUUUGAGAAGGGGGUACCAUAUCUAGAGUUUCGAUACAAGACCAGAGUGUACAAACAGACCAAUCUAGAUGAGAAACAGCUGGCUAAACUGCACACUAAGGCCAGUCUGAAGAAGUUCAUGGACAAUAUCCAAAGUGGCUCUGUGGACAAGAUGGCCAAGUUCUUGGACAAAGGGCUUGACCCCAACUACCAGGACCCUGACACGGGAGAAACCCCCCUGACGUUGGCUGUGCAAUGUGAGCCGGGGGGAGGGGAGGCCAUACGGGGGCUGGUGCUGGGAGGGGCUCAUCUUGAUUUCAGGUCCAAGGAUGGACUCACACCUCUACACAAGGCUGUCCGCAGCCACUGCCACACAGCCUUGCUGACCUUGCUGUCUCUGGGUGCGUCUCCAGACUAUAAGGACCGGCGGGGGCUGACUCCGCUCUACCACACUGUGCUGACAGGGGGCGACACCUCCUGCUGUGAGACCCUGCUCCACCACCGCGCCAAGCUGGCCGUCAGGGACGAGAACGGCUGGGAUGAGACACACCAGGCCUGUCAGAAUGGCAACGCCCAGCAUCUGGAGCACCUUCUUUUUUACGGGGCAGACUCCACUUCCCAGAAUGCCUCAGGAAACACUGCCUUGCACGUUUGUGCUUUAUACAACAAGGACAGCUGUGCACGAAUUCUACUUUACAGGGGAGCCAAUAAAGACACAAAGAAUAACAGUGGGCAGAACCCAUUUCAGGUGGCUGUCAUGUCCGGCCAUUUUGAACUAGGAGAGAUUAUCAAAAACCACCGGGACACAUAUGUAGUACCUUUUCUUGAGUCUCCCAAAUACGCCCCUCAGAGGCGAGAGAGUGCACCGCGCACCCUGGCGCUGCCCCACCCUCACCCCUUCCUGCGUGCCAACAGUGAUAACAGUAUGAACCUGCCUGACUGGAUGGCACUGCCCAAUACACCAGGCUCCAACCUAGUGUCUGUACAGGGCUAUAAGCAUUCAGGUACCAUGCGUAGCUCCAGUAGUCCCCGUGGGGCGCGGACUCGCUCCCCGUCCCGAGGGAGAGCAGGGGAUAAGGAGGACAGGAGUCGGCAGAGUCGGAGGCAGGGCGGAGGGGGAGGAGAAGGAGGGACGGGGUCUGUCAGCAGCAAUUCGGUUACAGCAGCGGGGGGCCAGCGGAGGCGUCUCUACAGCGCCGUCCCAGGACGUGUGUUUGUGGCCACGCGUUCCCACUCCGCCCAGGGAGACAGAGAGAUUAGCAUCAGCAAGGGAGACAAAGUCAAAGUGCUGAGUGUGGGCGAGGGAGGGUUCUGGGAGGGCACGGUUAAGGGACGGACCGGCUGGUUCCCCUCAGACUGUGUAGAGGAAGUGGCAGUCCGUAGCCAGGACAACCGCUCAGAGAGCCGCAGUGAGAAAGCCAAGAGACUGUUCCGCCAUUACACCGUGGGCUCCUACGACAGCUUCGACGCUCCCAGUGACUAUAUCAUCAAGGAGAAGACAGUGCUUCUGCAGAAAAAAGACAGUGAGGGUUUUGGCUUUGUGCUGAGAGGAGCCAAGGCUCAGACCCCCAUCGAGGAGUUCACUCCCACCCCAGCCUUCCCAGCACUGCAGUACCUGGAGUCUGUCGACGAAGGAGGCGUGGCCUGGAGAGCCGGUCUGAGAAUGGGAGACUUCCUCAUUGAGGUGAAUGGUCAGAAUGUGGUGAAGGUGGGACACAGGCAGGUGGUCAACAUGAUCAGGCAAGGUGGAAACGCCCUCAUGGUCAAGGUUGUCAUGGUGACACGCAACCCUGACAUGGAGGAUGGCCAGAGAAAGAAAAUCCCCCAGCAGAGUAAAAGACUAAGCACUCCGGCCAUCGCUCUCCGCUCCAAAUCCAUGACCUCAGAACUGGAGGAGAUGGUGGAGAGAGCUGCUACCCCCUGGAAAAAAAAUUCAGAAUUCGAGACUUCACAAGUUACAGAGAAGAAGAGGACAGUCUAUCAGAUGGCUUUGAAUAAGCUCGAUGAGAUCCUGGCAGCAGCUCAGCAGACAAUCAGCACCAAUGAGGGGCAAGGGACGCGGGGUCAGGGGGCAAGGAGAGACAGGAGCCGGGGCUCCUUUUACGCCGAUGAGCCAAAUUACCACCAAUCAGAAAUGGGGAUGACCGGGCUGGGCUAUGACCGCGCCCAGUUCACAUCAGGCCACGCCCCUCCACACGGUAUGCUGCGACAGAAAUCCAUCGGGGUGACUGAAGAGGAGAAGUCCCAUCUCAAUCCUCCGGCCAUGAAGCUUGCCCGAAGUCUCUCGGUUCCCGGCCCAGAUGACAUCCCCCCGCCCCCCACCACCGCCCCACCAGACCCCCCCUUCUCCUCCGCCCCACCGUUGGGCUGGAGAGGGGGCAAGUCUUCCCAGCAGCCCUCUGUGGCCGUGUCCCAGUCCACCUCCACAGCAGCCCACUACCAGCUCUACUCUCAGUCUGUGCACUUCACCCAAGGGGGCCGCGAAAGGGCAGGGGGGCCCAGUACCGGCGCUGGAGGAGGAGGGGUGGACCACACGCACCAGUACUCUAAUGCCCCGCCCGCGCCGCUCAGAGCAGGACUCAGCAGACCACCCAGAGCCAGCCGCAGAGGGCAGACCGCAGUGCGGCUGGGGGGGGCUGGAGAGGGAGUAUCUAAAGGAGGGGGUGCGCGGAGAGGGAAGGGCCCUCUGGUAAAGCAGUCCAAGGUGGAGGACCUGCGGGCUGGCCAGGGCACGCUGGGGGGCAAGGCCCCAGUGGAGAAGAGCUCCAUCCCCAUCCCCACCAUCAUAGUCAAGGCCCCCUCCAUCAGCAGUGGCAGUGGCCGCAGCAGCCAGGGCAGCAGUGUGGAGGCUGAGCCCACCACCCCAGGGGAGACCGACAGAACCCAACCCCCCCACGGACCCCCUUCCACCCCAGCCCCGCAACCCCCUGCUCCUCCCUCCAUCCCGGCCCCUCCACCACCCUCCUUCCGAGGCCAGGAUAGUGAUUUCACCAGCCAGUUUGGGGCGGCCAUUGUGGGCGCAGCCCGCCGGGACAGGGAACGCUUCCAUGAGGCCCGCAGGAAGAGCGCCUCCAUUUUCAUGUCUGCCGAGGAGGAGGUGGGGCCAGGGGAAGGGGGAGGAGGAGGAGGAGGGGGGGGCAGCCCCCAGUCCGGUGGCCCCUCCCCACGCCUCCGGCCCUCCAAGUCCAUCGACGAGGGCAUGUUUUCUGGGGACACCUUCAUCCACCACACCCGCAGCAUGCCCCCUGCCUUCGGCCUGCCAGAGUACUCCUCCCCGGCUCCAGACUACCAGCCCAAGUCUGUUCCGGCUGACUUCUACGGGGCGUCAAGCCGGCAGCAGGUCCCCUCUGGCACCACCUUCAUCCACCCCCUGACAGGAAAGGUCCUGGACCCCUCGUCCCCCCUGGGUCUGGCCCUGGCUGCCAGGGAGCGGGCCCUGAAGGACGACGGCAGGAUGAGGAGGGAGAGAGGGACCGAGCACCAGUUUGUAAGACAGAUGUCCAGUGUGGUGACAUUCCCUUCCCAGGCCACCUCCCCCACACCGGCUUCCUCAGCCACCCAUUCCUCCAGCUCCUCCUACCUGGUCACCUCCUCCUCCCUAGCCGCCACCACCUCCACCAGCCAACCCCCCUCCCCCAGGAUCCUCAGGGGUGCAGGCUGGGGCGAGGAGGGGGGAGGAGGGGAGCGGGAGGGUGGCGGGGCCAGAGAGGGGCUGAGGGUGCGCUUCUCUGAGGAAAAAACAGUCCAUACGCAUCACUACCAGUCCCAGCACUACCAACCCUCCUACAGGGAGGAAAGACAGAGGGAGAGGUCGAGAGAGAGGGAGAGGUCGAGAGAGAGGGAGAGGUCGAGAGAAAGAGAGCGGGACAGAGAGGGGUACAUGAGGCAGCAGACAGCACCUACCCAGCAGCCCCAUCAGCUGUCGUCCCAGCAGCCUCGCCAGACCUCGUUUCUGAGGAUGGAGAGUGAGGCAGGCUACAUCCUGUCUCUCACCCCUCCAUCUCCCCCCGCUACAGCCGCCCUGUCUCACCCACAGGGGGGAGGGGGUUCCGGGGGCAGUGGCCUCAUGGUUCUGCCGCCCCCUGCCCCCUCUGUGGAUGUGGAUGAUGAGUUUGUGUUUGCGGACCCACUGCCCCCUCCGCUGGAGUUUGCCAACAGCUUUGACCGGGGUGGAAUGUCAGGUUACACACACCGUGCCAUUAUCAACAACCUGGCCUCCCGCCAGCAGCAGCCCCCACCACCUCCCCCUCCUCCCCCACCACCCCCUCCAAAAGACAUGUUUAUCAGUGGGUUCCCGGCCCACACCCCCUACCCUCCCCACAGGCGGGGGACUCUACCACCUCCAGCCUUACCUCCUAUGACAGGUCACUUCUCCCCCACCCAGGGUCGCUCCUCCCCCACCCAGGGUCGCCCCUCCACCAUCCAUAGGAGCUCGUCCCCCACCCCUCCUCCCCACUCCAUUGCAGGUUCCCCAUCCUACCGUGGUCCCCCUCCCAUCUCCUCCACCGCAGCCUCCUCUGGCCCCUUCCGGGGCUCUGCAGCCCUGACCUCCACUGCUCCCUGUACCACCACCACCACAACCACCACCGCUGUCACCACCACGAGGACCUCAGUCCAGCCCCACCAGGACAGGACACACCCAGCCUCCUCUGGUUCUACAGCGGCCGGCCGCAGGAUAGGGGAGCACCACCCUCACCCCACAGCCAAGGCAGGGGAGUCCCAGGAGACGGUGGUGGACUCUGGGAUAGAGGAGCUGGACAGCCGCAGCAGCAGUGACCACCACCUGGACAACAUCCUGGCCAUGAGCGGAGGAGCCAGAGAGAGGCUGGAAGAGAGGUUUUCAGAAGACUCCGCCUCGGCCCUGAGCCCCCCCUCAGUUCGUUCCCUGUCCCCCUCCCCUAUCCACCACUCCCAGCCCGCCCUGUCCCUGUCCCCCACACCUUCCUCUCAGUACCCCAACUGGAACCGUCCCCCGUCCCCCAGCCCCCUGUGGCUGCCGUACAGCCCCUCCACGCUCCCACUCCCCCUGUCCUCCCCCACCUACUCCCCUUAUCCCACCUCCCCUAAACACCGGCCUGUGUAUCGCACCAAAGCCCUGGAGUUCCAAGAGGCCCAAACUGGGUCCCCCCGCCCCUCCUCCCUCCCCCUCCUCCCCACCACACCCCUCUACAGCAGCCUCUACGAGCUUCGCGGCUCUAUGACCCCGCCCUCACCCGCUAACCACAUGGGGGACCCCUACUUCUCCCCCUCCCCUCCUCUCUUCGCCCCCUCUGGUGCCCCUCCUCCCCCAAACGCCUCCCUGUUGGUGUCUCGCUCCCUCUCCCCCACACACUUUUUAUCUGGUAGCUCAUCCCCUCCCCUGCACCCUCUCCCUGCUCCCCCCUGCCUGAGCUACCCCCACCUCCCUCCUCCAUCCCCCUCCAAGCCCUUUGCCUCCAAGCCACUGCCUUAUUGGACCAAAUACGACGUGGCUGAUUGGCUGGGAUACCUGAACCUGGGCGAGCACAGGGAGCAUUUCCUGGACAACGAGAUCGACGGCACUCACCUGCCUUCUCUCACCAAGGAGGACUAUCUGGACCUGGGGGUGACGCGUGUCGGACACCGCAUGAACAUCGACCGUGCUCUGAAGAGAGUGACUGACAGGUAA